CCCAAGGGCACUAUUGCCUGUGCUGGCCUCCUCUGGCCUGAUGUGCGGUACACAGAUGCGUUUCGAAAAUCCAAGGCAUGAAAAACCUUAAUUAUCCUGAUCAACGCCAGGCGUACGCCAAGCUUGGGGCUCCGGGCCCACAGAUCGGCUACUGUCCACAGGGCUGCGGCUUAACGACACCUCAAUGGCACAACGACAUGUGGUCCACGGAGCAGAGCUUCUCGGACAUCCCAUCCUACAUACAAGCUCCCUGACAUUCCAUCCCACGUGAGGUGAGACACACAGUGGCAUAUGCUCACGCUCACACGCAUACGAAGACAUAUCGACACACAUAGACAAGAGGCCAGAUGCUCGCUCGCCUGUCCCUCACACACACACACACACACACAUACACAGACUCGAAACAUAUCUGCUCAUAGCCAGGAGGACAACGGAGAAAGACACACAAGAAGCAGCGCGCGCCUCCCUCCAGCCGACGACCUUGUGGAUUUUGGAUUCUGACUACACUCCUACCCACCGCACGACUAGAACAAAGUUCAUCGACAGCUGAGCCUCCUCCGCCUGGCCCCCUCCCCCCUAAUCAGCCAGAGUCAGAAGUCAAGACGUCAGACGCAGGCUCAGGCUCAGGCUCAGGCCCAGGCUCAGGCUCAGGCUCAGGCUCAGGCUCAGGCUCACAAGCAGACGCAGACGCAGACGCAGAGACACACCGCCUCCUCCUCCACCGCCCACUCUAGCGCGGCCUCCCCGGAAGGCUCCAGAGCGGCGGGCUGGAGAGAAGCCGGAGUCACGGAAGCAUAUCACCACACCACACAUAUCCCACCCCCAUCCACACUCCACCAUGUCUUACUCGAUGCACCCUCAGCCUCACCACUCCCAACUACAACUACAACAACAACAACAACACCACCACUCACAGGGCCCGCCGCUGCACCAGCCGCCAUCAUGCUGGACGUGCCGGGUCCGCCGCAAGAAGUGUGACCGCACCAAGCCGCGGUGCCACGCGUGCUCGGCGCUGGAGAUCACAUGCCACUACAGCGAGGCGCGGCCGGAGUGGAUGGACGGCGGCGACCUGCAGAACGAGAUGGCCAAGCGGAUCAAGGCCGAGGUGCGGCAGGGGGCCGAGGCGCGGCGGGAGCGGCAGUACGUGCAGGUGCUGACGCUGCACGAGGACCGCAUGAGGAGGCCCGACGACCCGGCCCUGGCCGAGGACAGGCCGGCGCCGCACAAGCCCGAGAUGCAGACCAUGCACCAGAGGCCGUCCUUCUCGUCACUCAACAACAUCAGCGGCGACGAGAGCCGCAGCGACGGGUCCGCCGCCGGCGAGGCCAUGAGCAUGACGCCCGGCACCAGCCCGCCCAGCUCGAGCGAGAGGUCGCCGCCCGUGUGCCCGGACUGCGUGACCGACGGCUUCGUGGCGCCCCCCUUGCCGCCGGCCCACGAGUACACGGUGUGGAAGCUGCUGGGCAUCGACAACGAGCGCGACCGGGCCAUCGCCGUCGACGUCGAGACCGACUUCACCAUCACGUUCCUCGACUACGUGUUCCCGUUCCUCUUCCCCUUCUACCAGCCGUCGGUGCUCGAGGGCGGGCGCAGCUGGCUGCUGGCCAUGCUGCGCAGCAACACGGCCUUCUUCCACUCGGGCAUGAGCCUGAGCGCCUACUUCUUCACCCUCAUCCUCAAGGGCGGCGAGCGGCACCAGGUCUGCUCGCAGCAGAUCUGGAACAAGCUGGUGGCCCACGUCGACACGGCGGUGCGCGCCAUGCAGCAGGACAUGGAGGACCUGAAGCGCGGCCAGGACGGCAGGACGACCAUCUUCCAGAAGGGCAAGACCAUGGAGAGCAUCAUCCAGCUGCUCAUCCUCGAGCACUCGAUGGCCCGCACGUCGGACUGGAACGUCCACCUCUCGGCCGCCAUGGCCAUCUUCCAGGAGAUCUUCGAGGAGUACGGCGUGGGCGCCGACGGCAAGCCCGACAUCCCCGCCGUCAUCCAGGCCCUGAGCCGGCCGUCGUGGAACCAGGGCAUGAUGGAGCGCGUCGUGUGGCACUGCGACCAGGGCGCGUUCCGCUUCUUCUCGGCCUUCCUGCUCUACACCGACAUCGUGGCCUCGACGUCCCUCGAGAGCCCGCCGCGGCUGCGCAACUACCACAAUCUUAUCAUCGUCGACGAGACGCCCAACCCGCCCUGCGAGAUGCUGCGCAUGGAGAGCUUCUUCGGCUGCCAGGGCUGGGUGCUGCUGGUGGUCGCCGACAUCGCCGUCCUCGACGCCUGGAAGAAGGAGAACAAGGCCCGCGGCACCUUCAGCCUCAACGACCUCACCGAGCACGGCAGCCGCCUGCACCAGCGCCUGCAGGGCGGCCUGGCCCGCCUCGAGCGCGAGAGCUUCAAGAAGCGGCCCUUUGACAUCACCGCCGUCCUCAGGUCCUACUACCGCCCCGACGCCGCCCACCAGAUGCGCAUCGACGAGCAGAUCGCCGCCACCCGCAUCUGGGCCCUCGCCUCCAUGGCCUACCUGUCCGUCGUCGUCACGGGGUGGGCCGCCGCCGUGCGCACCGCCGCCAGCAGCAUCGCCGUCGCCAUGCAGCUGCUGUACGGCAUCUCGAGCCCCGCCGUCCUCAAGAGCCUGACCUGGCCCUUCUACGUCCUCGGCUGCCUGGCCACCCGCGAGCAGGAGCAGCUCUUCACCCACAUGGCCUCGUCCAUGGGGCCCCUGCUCGAGUUCGGCACCGUCGGCGAGAGCAUGCGGAUAAUGAAGCGCGUGUGGGAGCUGAGGGACUCGGGCGACAUGGACGUCGAGAACUGGGACAUUGCCGCGUGCUCGAGGGUCUUUGGGAAGCAGGUGCUCAUGACAUGAUCGAUCCCAUGACAUUCGUUGACAACCGAGACUGUCCAGCCAUCAAACUUGCACUCACAAAAAGCGAGCGGGUUCAGUGUUAUUUCUCUUUUGGGUAUGAUUCAUGAAGUAUCUACGGUUUCAACAACUCUGGGCAACAUUCGCCCCACGAGCAUGUCCAUUACUUAUUAAGGUUCUGUACCGGAUUUUGAUCAAAGUCUGUCUAUCUUGGGAAUAUUUAAUUUACACAAAUCGGAGCUCGUCUGAAAUCAUUGUCUGGUCCGUGCAAGUCGCCCUCUUCCGGUCGCCCUAUACUGGCAUAUAUGAACACGAAGGAGUUUGAGGGGGGGGAAAUCCCAAGCAGCAUUCAACAUCAUCAGACCAUCCCUCACGAUGUCCUUUUCUAUCCACGGAACGAUUUAACCCGACGGCUGACCUCCAAAUGUUCCGAGAGACUCGACAAGGCCCGCAACGUCACAACAUUCGUUAUACGGCACAGCUGAUGUAUCCAUCAACGGCGGUUGCAGUGCUAGGAAUCCCCAGAAGUGUUAGGACCAAGUAAACCGUGGGCGGAACAACAAACAAGGGCGAGAGGGUAGUGCUCACCAGCCAACAAUGCAAGCAGCGCCCCCAUGGCAUGCUUCAAUACAGCCGACCUGCUCCGCCGCCGUCUGCGUCUCACAUGCUGCGAUCUGACGUCCAGAGAGAGGCUGCUUCUCAUGGGCUGACGACGACUCCUUGACAAGCGGCCAGGCCAAGGCGGAGGCGACGAGGGCGAACAGUACCGAGGCGUGGCUGAGCUGCAUCUUGUCCGCGAGGUGGUGGAUGGGGUCGAAAUAUGCGUUCACGUGGUUGGAAAUUUAAAGUAUCGGUGGGGGAGCGAUAGUGGCGGGAAAUUACUUGUUGGAGCCACUUAGGUCACGGCUGUUGAGGUGGUUGCUGUCUUCUGCCCUUCAUCAUUGCUGAGCGGCAGGACUUCGACGAGGUUUAUAUCCACAAUCCCACAGCCGCGGCCAAGGGGCUGUCCUAAAGCGAUAGCGAACCUAGAUAGAUUAACUCCUCGGCCUUACAGCCGCAGAAGGCUGUGUACGAUCACCGGGCCCCCUCCGC